UAAGUACGAAUAUAAAAGUAUAUCGUUUUAGUAAUACUUUACGAUAAAAAAUGCAAAAUAUAAAAUGACAUUUUAUACUAGAAAAUAAAUCACAUGGUGUCUCUCAAGAAUAAGGUCAAAAGUGAAAGCUUAAAACGUUAAUCAUGUUCAGUAUACCUGUUGAAUGUGUGAUUAAUGUUAAUGUGAGAGAAAACGAAUUCCACGAGUGUAUACAGUAUAAAAAUGUCUACGAACAAAAUUAUAUUUACUAUAUUAAAGAAUGGAAAUAUAACCAGAGCAGUUGUAUGUAGUGAUCAUAACAUAUAUUAUGGAAAACAAAGAAAUAUACAUAUUUCUAUGCAAAAUAGAUUCCAUUUACAUCAAUUUAAUAAGUUUAAAGCAAAACUUGCAGGAAAUCAAAAGCCAGAUUGGAAUAGAGCUGUUUCAGAAGCAGAGAAAAUUGUUGGGUAUCCAACAUCAUUUUUAAGUUUACGAUGGUUAUUGAGUGAUGAAGUAGCAAAUGUAGCUCUACAUUUAAGGAAAUUAGUAGGAUCUAAUCAUCCUUUGUUAAAAACAGCCAAAAGUGUUAUUUAUAAUGGGCGUAAUAACAUGCAAGCAUGGGGUCUUAUUGUAUUAUUAAUUUCAAAAGCUGCUGGUCAUUUAAACGUAGAUGACAUGGAAGAAGACAAAGCUGCAGGUGUACUUCAUAGCCAACGAGCUUUGGCAGAGGUAACUGAAAUGAUACGUACUAGUCAUCUUGUUCAUAAAGGAUUAGUAAAUAUAGAACCUGAUGUUUAUUUAGAAACCUCAGAAUUAAAUGAUAUGAAUUUUGGUAACAAAAUUGCAUUAUUAAGUGGAGAUUAUUUAUUAGCAAAUUCUUGUGCUGAAUUAGCAAAUCUCCGUAAUCAAGAUAUUGUAGAAUUAAUGUCAAGUGCUGUAAGAGAUUUAGCAGAGGCAGAAUUUAUAGGGCGUAGAGAUAACCAAAAUAAUCCUUUACCGUCUAUUCCACCUGAAGAUCGUAAGAAUUAUGCAGUGGAAGAAUGGACUCUUAGAAAUGUUUUGAGUGCUGGUGCUUUACUAGGAAAAUCUUGCAAAGGUACAUUAAAAUUAGCAGGACACAGCAAUGAAAUACAGGAACAAGGUUACAAUUUUGGGAAACAUUUAGCAUUAGCUUGGCAAGCAUGCUUGGAUUUAGGUCCAUUUAUUACAAAAGAUCAAAAUGUGACAUUCAGUUUGUGUUCUGCGCCGAUUAUGUUUCAUAUUGAACAUGAUCCAUCAAUUUUGGCAGAAAUUAAUAAAGGUCUAGAAUCUGUAAACAAUGUAGAUUAUGUUAAAGUUCAUAAAAUUAUUAUGAUGGGACCUGGAGUUGAAUUAACAAAACAAUUACAAAAAAGACAUUCACAAAGGGCAAUGGAAGUUUUAAGUGUAUUUGAAAAAAGUGAUGCAAGAACAGCAUUAUAUAAUAUUAUUGCAGCUAUGGGGGACUUCUGAAUAACAAUUUCAAUUAAAAACUAACAUAUUUUAAAUAAUUGCCCAAAGAUCAGUUUGA